AUGGCCACAUCCACCUCCGCCAGUUCUGCUGCUGCCCGCCGACCCUCCCACAGCAAUAGCGGCGUCUUGCGAGCCGCUUCGCGGCAGCCGCUUGCCGUCCGCGCCUCCACAAAUGCCGUGCCGCACUCCGUACCCAGCCCCGUCCUCGUCCCCCCUAGCCUACAAGGCCGUGCUCUUCCUCCUUCCACUCCGCCGCUGUCGGCCUCUUCCGGAGGCUCCGCCUCCCAAGCCCAGUCCAAGGCCAAGAUGUUGGAAAAGCUCCAGGCAGCUCAAACCGAAAUCCCGGCAGCUGCGGCAGCCACCGGGGCAGCAGGGGAUGCGCGCAAGGUAUUGCUGCGGACAGAUAUAAAUACAUAUAUAAAUAUAAAAGGGUUUGGCACCACUGGAGCCGGCAGGCGGAUUCUUAGAGUGGGCAAUGGCACUGCGAAGCUUACGGACAACCUGGGGCUCUCAGCCAAGGACUUUGAGCACGGACCCGCCACUGCGGCGUCAGCGGGGGCGGCCGCCACAAAGACUGGCGGCGGCGGCGGCGCGGCCGCCUCGCCCUCUGGGUCCACAUCAGGAAGGAAAGGCAAGGCGGCAGCGGCAGCGGCAGCGGCAGCGGCAGCGGCAGCGGCAGCGGGGGCCCCCAAGCCCAAAGCCAAGCGUACGACACUAGCGUACAAGGAGCAGCUGGAAUACCAAGUAGGAAGUGGGGAGGGUGGGAAGGAGAGGAGGGGCCAGAGGGAGCUGAACCCCCUGCCCUUUGGCGUGACCAUUGCCAACUGCAUCGCAUGGCUCGGGUAUGGCCUCCUCAAGCAUGACCCGUUCGUCACGGUGCCCAACGCGGCAGGUGUCCGCAUCGCCGUGUUCAUGACGUUGACAGCAUUUGGUCUGGCUGACGAUACACUCCUCACCCCGCUCCAACCCGCAAAUCCGUUGACAAAAAAAGAACUCCCACAGCAGCUGCCUGCCAGUGCCACGCCAUUGCCCCCAGGACCCCAUUCCUCAGCUGAACUCAACGCCAGAGGAGCCAAGGCCGGCGCGGCGCACAUCAGGACAAGCAAAGUUGCAAGCCCAUGUUAUGCGGCUCGCUUCUAAGCCCCUUACUAAGGACUUAAGAGAGAGAGAGAAGAUGAGGAGGAAAGAGGUGAAGGGAGUGGGUUGAGUGGAUGACGGCGGCGGUUGCAGUGCUAACCGCUCCCUCCCUCUCCCCCUCUCCUCCCUUCCCAUCUCUCCCUCCCCUUCCCCAUCCGCUAACUCAGGAUCCUGGCCGGCAACGUCAUUUGCCUGAUCUACUGGGGUCUUCUGCAUAUACGAGCGAGAAUACACCGCUAAGUCCAACACCAGCACGGCCCAUAGCACUACGAUGGUCUC